AAUAUUUUUUCGCUAUUCAAAAUGGCCCCUCUCAAUCAGGAAGUAGAGAACACAAGUAGCGGCGACUAAGUUGGAUAGAAUCACCCAUUUUCGUCGAUUUGACGUCGGUCGCGGCUCGACAUCUGCCCGCUUGUUGGGAGUUCGGACUGGGACGAAGCAAAGGCGACGAAAGGGUCAUGGAGAGUCUUUUUUCGUGCUAGAGGUACGAUCCGGGACACAGCCAGGAGAAGGAUUGGCAGUUUGGGCCAUAGCAGAAAUCCUCUCGUGGUCAUGUUUACUACUCCAGUCUGAUGCCCAACCUCCCCUUCGCGCUGGCCAUGGACGGGGAGAACUACCUGCAUCCAGAAGGCCCUCAGCUGGACACCAGCUUGUUCUCUGUAGCCUCCUCAAAUAUGGAGAGUUCCCUCUUUGCCUCUUCUGGCUCCUGGAGGUCCUUCUCUCAGCAGGCUGGAUACUGCCCUAUGCAAUCUGGAAACCAGCAAUACCACUUGAACAGCAGCAGCGCUACCACCGCCACUACGCCGGAUGUGCACCUUGAGAUGUACUCUGCGUUCUCCGACAUGGAUUUCCCCUGCCUCAACCUACCCAGGAAUGGCGAUUUCUCACAGGAUCUGUCCUGCAUCGAUGACCUCUCCACCAAUUCCCUGUUCUCCUCUCCGCCCGACUCACUGUCAGAGUAUGCCGACGCCCAGUCCUUCAUCAGCACCGACCACCUGGACACGGUGCCCACCCUCUGGGACGUCAGCACGAGUACCACCGCCGUCACCACACCAGCACAGAGCCAGCUGGAGCUGAAAGGCUCCAACAGGUUUCAGGGCUUGGCAAGUUUGGAUGAUAUAACCGCUAUAAUCAGCACGCCACCUUUAGGAGGAUUUCAGACUCAGAGAACCCAGUCACCCCCAGAGGAGGAGGAGGAAGCAGAGGAAGAGGAUUCAGAGGAACUGGGCCAUGUUGACACGUAUGCUGAGUACAGACCUUCCAAAUCCACUAUCGGAAUUUCCCAUCCCGACAUAGUGGUGGAGACCAACACGCUGUCCAGUGUCCCUCCUCCGGACAUCACAUACACUCUGUCUAUACCCGAGUCGACCAUUAACAGCGGCCUGCUGUCAGCCCUGCAGCUAGAAGCCAUCAUCUACGCCUGUCAGCAACACGAGGUCAUCUUACAGAACAACCAGCGAGCAGGCUUCCUGAUCGGAGAUGGAGCCGGUGUGGGAAAGGGACGCACUGUUGCGGGAAUCAUCCUGGAAAACUAUCUGAAGGGAAGGAAAAAAUCACUAUGGUUCAGCAUAUCCAAUGACCUGAAAUUUGAUGCAGAGCGAGAUCUCAAAGACAUAGAUGCAUCGACUAUUCCUGUGCAUGCCUUAAACAAAAUUAAGUAUGGAGACACAGCUACCUCAGAAGGAGUCCUCUUUGCGACCUACUCUGCGCUGAUUGGUGAGAGCCAGGCGGGAGGGCAGCACCGCACGCGGAUUAAACAGAUCCUGGACUGGUGCAAGCCGGAUUUUGACGGAGUUAUUAUUUUUGAUGAAUGCCACAAAGCCAAGAAUGCCACGUCAACAAAGAUGGGCAAGGCGGUGCUUGAUCUGCAAAACAAGCUGCCACGGGCCAGAGUGGUGUAUGCCAGUGCCACAGGUGCCUCUGAGCCAAAGAACAUGAUCUACAUGAGCCGCCUGGGUAUCUGGGGUGAGGGCACGCCUUUCAGGGCCUUUGACGACUUCCUGCACACCAUCGAGAAGAGAGGCGUGGGUGCCAUGGAGAUUGUUGCUAUGGAUAUGAAAGUGAGCGGGAUGUACAUAGCCAGGCAGCUGAGCUUCUCAGGGGUGUCUUUCCGCAUUGAAGAGAUCGGACUGGACAGCGACUUCAAGCUGGUCUACAAUAAAGCCGCCAAACUGUGGGCGGAGGCACUUCAGGUCUUUGUGCGCGCCGCCGACGAGCUGGGCCUGGUCAGCAGGAAGUCCCUGUGGGGCCAGUUCUGGUCGUCUCACCAGCGCUUUUUCAAAUACCUCUGUAUAGCUGCCAAGGUCCGCUGCCUGGUGGAGUUGGCCAAGAAAGAGCUGGAGGCAGGAAAGUGCAUCGUCAUUGGCCUGCAGUCUACUGGGGAGUCGCGCACCAGAGAAGUUCUGGACGAGAAUGACGGUCAUCUUGACAGAUUUGUUUCUGCUGCAGAGGGAGUAUUCCAGUCUCUUGUUACCAAACAUUUCCCUUCUGAGAAGCAGCGGAGAGAGAAGGCACCCGGGAAUAAGAGAAAACGUAAGCCUCGAGGACGCCAUCCAAAGGUACCCAAGCACACAGUGGACAGCGUCGGCAUCAUCAGCAUCAACAGUGACGACAGCAGCACCGACUCUGACGGCAUGGACACCGAUUCCAAUUCGUCUCCAGACUCGCUGCUGGAUAAUGACGAUGUCAUCUUUGUCAACCACACGAGCUGCCACACUGGUGGGUGUUUUUGUUUUUGUUGUCAUGGUGAAAUCACACCCAGCACUAUGCCUCACAUUGUCCCCUGGGGAUUUCCAGUCAGGAUAGAGGAGAUGAAGCAGGAUCUCCUCAACAAGAUAUCACAACUGGGAAAAGAACUACCUCUCAACACCCUGGACGAACUCAUUGAUAAGUUCGGAGGGCCCGAUAAAGUCUCAGAGAUGACCGGGCGUAAGGGUCGUGUGGUGCGGCGUCCUGACGGUAGUGUCCGUUACGAGUCCCGCGCUGAGCAGGGCCUCACCAUCGACCACAUCAACAUCAAGGAGAAAGACCGCUUCAUGAGUGGAGAAAAACUGGUGGCCAUCAUCUCCGAGGCGGCCAGCUCUGGAAUUUCCCUGCAGGCGGACAAGAGGGUAAAAAACCAGCGGCGGCGUGUCCACAUGACAUUGGAGCUACCUUGGAGCGCAGACAGGGCCAUUCAGCAGUUUGGCCGUACCCAUCGGUCCAAUCAAGUAACAGCUCCAGAGUACAUCUUUCUCAUCUCGGAGCUAGCCGGUGAGAGACGUUUCGCCUCCAUCGUGGCAAAGAGACUUGAGAGCCUGGGCGCGUUAACACAUGGAGACAGAAGAGCGACUGAAACCAGAGACCUGAGCAAGUACAACUUUGAGAAUAAGUAUGGUACCAAGGCUCUGGAUAAAAUCACCAAAGCAAUCCUGGGGCACAUAGAGAACAAGGUGCCUGCGCCCAAAGGUUACCCUGGAGGCGACGCCAUGUUCUUCAGAGAUAUGAAGCAUGGAAUGAUGGAUGUGGGCAUCUUCUGUAGGGAGCCACGCUUUGGCAUCAGUACAGAGAAAGAUUGCAGCAUUACCAAAUUCCUAAAUCGCAUCCUGGGUCUCGAGGUCCACAAGCAGAACCAUCUCUUCCAGUACUUCACAGACAAUUUUGACUACCUAAUUGAGAAGGACAAGAAAGAGGGCAAAUAUGACAUGGGCAUCUUAGAUCUGGCUCCAGGUAAUGAUGAGAUUUACGAGGAAAAGCAGGAAAUCUUCAUGACAGUGGGAAACCCUCAGGAUGGCCAGGUGGUUCUUUACAAGAUCAGUGUGGACAGAGGUAUGCCUUGGGAUGAAGCAAACAACAGGUUUCUCAGUCUCACUGGUGCUGACGAGGGCUUCUACUUGUCCCAGAAACUACGAGGUAGCCAGCCAUGCGUGCUGCUCGCUGAGCAAGGGAGAGGCAAGAAUUUCAUUGUCUACAAGCCCAACAUCGGCAAGCAGACUAACCCCGAAAGCCUUGAAAAGCUGCAGCAACGCUAUCGGAAGGCGACUCCAGAGGAGGUCAAGGACUACUGGGAGAGCCAGUUCAGCUUCUCUUUGAAGAAGUGUUGCCAUGCCAUCGGUAACGGCAAAUGCAAGAAGGUGGAGGAAGGCCAGGAGUGCUUCCAGGGCAUGCGCCUCCGCCAGUACCACAUGCUGUGCGGCGCUCUGCUGCGCGUUUGGAAGCGCGUGUCCGACGUGGUGUCUGACAUCACCAGUUCCAGCAUCCUGCAGAUUGUUCGCCUCAAAACCAAGCAGCACAACAAGCAAGUUGGCAUCAAGAUUCCAGAGAACUGUGUGGCCCGGGUACGUGAGGAGCUCUUGCUCAUGGACGAGGAGGUGAAGCGGAGGCGCAAGGAGCGCGAGAAGCAAGCCAUGGAGCAGCGUCUGGCUGAGGAGCGCAUGCGCAAAAUAGAGCAGAACAACAAGCACCUGCUGGCAAAUCUGUCCAGCCAGAAAGUCAUGCCCAACCAGUCCCUGGCCCAUUCGCUGGUCCACAGUCAGCUCCUGAAGCAGAAACUGAACCCGCUGCAAAAGACGCAAGUGGCGAGCCUGUCUCAGCUGCAGAGGAUGCAGGCCGUCUUACAGCAGCAGCAACAGCAGCAGCAGCAGCACCCACAGGGUCACGGUCUACUGUCUUUACCGAGGACAACUCCCCAAGUGACUCCUACCGGCUGGCCCGGCAAGUCGGCCGCCUCCAAGCAGGCGGCUAUGCGCAACGCGGUCAUCCACGGUUCAAACUUCUCCCAGUUUUACCAACAGUCCUUCGUAUCCCACUUCUCACAGCCCCUCCCCAUCCACCAGUCGGCUCGCAUGUCUUCCCAGAAGGCCCAAGACGAGAUCUUGGACCUGACCGUCAGCUCGCCGUCGCCCUCUCCGGACAGCACGGAGGCCGGGUUGGCCCUAGACGGUCUAGCGAGACCGACCGGAGCGUUCGCUGACGACUUUAUCUUGGAGUCGCUCAUCUCUCAGGCGGCCACUCAGCUACCACCACCGCCCCCUCCUCCGUCUCUGAACCACAACCACCUGAGAAACAACCACCAGGACUUGCUGGAUCUAUUCGACCUGCCCCUUUCGCCGCAGAUGCCCGUGCAUAAAGCCAGCCCUUCGUCCUCUGCCUCGUCCAGCUCCUCGUCCAACUCCUCCCUCAUCCAAAGCUCGCUCUUCUCCAACCCGCCGUCCUCGUCUUCUUCCUCUCAGUUCGCCCCCCCUCGCUUCCCCAACUAUCUGCCCCAGUCGGACUUACUCCCCCUGCCCAACGGCCACUGCAGCUCCGACGCUCUGGACGCACGCGAGGCUCUGAACAGCAUGUUCAAGGAAGCGGGGACCGACCGCAAGUCCGUCAUUCACUACCGCCAGCAAGACUGACACUUUUAACGUCCUCACAGUUUUUUGUGUGUGUGUGUGUGUGUGUGUAAGCAAAUACUAGCACACAUCCUCCGCUUUUGUCCGGGGACCUUCUAGUCAACAUCACUGCCUGUCCUGCUCACAGUCUUCUCUCCAACCACCCGUAGCCAUCGCCUGCUCCCAGUAUCAGUUUCACGCACCCCAUCGUAUGUCCUCCACGGCAGCUGUAACGCAAACUUGACUUUACGGAACUAUUCUGGAGCUGUCGAAACGAAACAAACAACAAAAAAAAAAGUCCUUUAACUGAUUCUACGCUGGAAUCUUUUUUUAUUUUUAUUAUUAUUAUUAUUAUGAUUAUUAUAAUUGCUUUAUUCGAGCGAGGCACUAAGUGGCAACAAACUGGAAUAUACAAGAGGAAGAAAUCAAAGCUGACAAAACCGUGAAAUGCCUCCUUUUUGUCCGUUUCGUCGCCCCCAACGACACGACACACUCCCUCUCUCUCCUUUGUGUUGGAGGAAGAGGAGGAGAGGAGGGAAAGCAGCAGUCUGCAAACAGUGCCUUUCUAAAAAUCUAUAAAUGCAGUCUUUAAAAACAAAAAAACGAAA